AUGCAAUCUCAGGAUCUGGUGUCCAUUUACUCCAAUAAAUCCACCAUAUCACGGUUGUCGAGCCUAGGGAGACCCAAACUCUUUGGCGAACAUUUCAAUCGAUACACAAACAAUAUCUCCAAGCACACUAGCCAUGAGAGCAUACAAGAAGAACCCACAAACUAUGCUCUCCAACGAAUUGAUACCCGCAAGUCUGUAGAGUCACUCAACCAUGUCUUGGCCCAUUCACAGUAUCGUGUUUCUUUGCAUCUAACUACCAGUGAAAUAUCAUUGAUCCGAUAUACCUGGAACAAAAUGCUUCUCGACGAUCCAAUCGAGAAACAAAGCACCUUCAGAAACAUUCCUGGCGCAUAUCCUGUUGAGCAGGAAAUUCCCAAACACAAACAGCCAGCUACAUCCGCACUGUCUAUAGCCAGUUCACUUUUCUGCCGUCAGUUCUAUGACAAUUUGUUAAUGCUGAAACCAGAUCUCGAAGAAAUGUUUCCCUCCAUCAGACACCAGGCUGUACAAUUUGCCGGGGUGAUGGCCAUGACGAUUAGCCAGCUUGAGGAUUUGACUUUAAUGGACGAGUACUUGAUGAAACUAGGCAAGAGGCAUUCAAGAGUAUUAGGCAUAGGCAGUGACCAUUUCGAGCUUAUGGGCGAGGUAUUGAUCCUCACGUUUCAGGAGAGAUUUGGCACUAGGUUCACACAGGAACUUGCCGUGUUGUGGAUCCGUCUAUACUUGUAUUUGGCAAAUACGUUGCUACAAUUUGGCGUAGACCCUGUAAUGAGAUUGCCCCUGGAUUUGCUGGUCGAGCUGGAGUUCAACAAGAUCCGGACCAUGUCCAGCGUGAGUUCGCUCAUGAACGAAAGACCAUCUAUAAGUACGAGCGUUACAUCGUUGGCAUCUACAGAAACUAAUACUACACAGGCUGGCUCGGUACCGCAUAGCCAAAAGAGCAGCCCUAUGAAAACCAUGCCCGGUUCAAUGUUGAAAGCAGAACGUGUGCAUUCUCUUGGAAUGGACAGCAUAAGAAAGAAGAAGAAAGACUGCGUGAUACAGUAG